CUUAAAGGGAUGUUUUCUGUUCGGGUGAUUUUUAUUUAUCGAAAGAAAACAAAAAUUUAUAGAUAAAAAAGAAAAAACUGAUAAAAAGCAGUUGUUUUGCAGUUAAUCUGUGGCACGAUGAAUUAUUUCGAAACUGUUCUUAAGCAAAACAAGAUUUUUAGAGGAUUUUGUUCACUGAAUAAACAAAAGGAACAACAGAUACACGAACACAUCAAGGCGCGCUGUGUUGUGUGGUUUUAGCUCAAUCUGGCAACCCAGGACGUGACUGCACCGUGAUUGGUUAUGGCUUCUCUUGGCCAUAGUAAACAAAUCCACAGGGCGCAUGCGCAGUGCUGAUUCGAUGGAGGUGACGGGUUUCGGCUUUUUACCGUCCGGUGUUGAGUGAAGUGUCUGAACAUCGUUAAAGCCCCACAGGGGAUUUUCCCCCCGUCUUGUUCGAUAUUAUCGGAUCCGAUCUACUGGAGCGAGGAUGGCGUCCGACUCGCAAUCUUCCUCCUCUAAGGGGAUCAUGACGUUUUACCCGACGAUGGAGGAGUUUAAAAACUUCAACCGCUACGUCGCUUACAUAGAGUCUCAGGGAGCGCAUAGAGCCGGCCUGGCAAAGAUUGUCCCUCCGAAGGAGUGGAAGCCCCGCCACUCGUACGACGACAUCGACGACUUGUUGAUCCCGGCGCCGAUCCAGCAGGUGGUGACUGGGCAGUCGGGUCUGUUUACACAGUACAACAUCCAGAAAAAGCCCAUGACCGUCAAGGAGUUCCGCAAAACGGCCAACAGCGACAAGUUCUGCAGCCCUCGAUAUGAUGACUUCGAAGAGCUGGAGAGGAAGUACUGGAAAAACCUCACCUUCAACCCUCCGAUCUACGGAGCUGACGUGAACGGGACGCUCUACGACCCCCACAUAGAUGAAUGGAACGUGGGCCGUCUGAACACCAUCCUGGACACGGUGGAGCACGAGAGCGGUAUCACCAUCGAGGGGGUGAACACACCAUACUUGUACUUCGGCAUGUGGAAGACCACGUUCGCCUGGCACACGGAGGACAUGGACCUCUACAGCAUUAAUUACCUGCACUUCGGGGAACCAAAAUCAUGGUAUACUGUGCCUCCGGAGCACGGGAAGAGACUGGAGCGUCUAGCUAAAGGAUUUUUUCCUGGUAGUUCUCAAAACUGCGAAGCUUUUCUUAGACACAAGAUGACCCUGAUCUCUCCUUCUAUUUUGAAGAAAUAUGGCAUCCCUUUUGAAAAGAUCACUCAGGAAGCUGGAGAGUUCAUGAUAACGUUCCCGUAUGGCUACCAUGCUGGUUUUAAUCACGGCUUUAACUGUGCGGAGUCGACCAACUUUGCCACGCAGCGAUGGAUUGAUUACGGAAAGCAGGCCAUUCUGUGCUCGUGUCGGAAGGACAUGGUGAAGAUCUCCAUGGACGUGUUUGUGAGGAAGUUCCAGCCGGAGCGAUACGAGUUGUGGCUGUCGGGGAAGGACAACGUUCCCAUCGAUCACACCAAGCCUACGCCAGAGGCGGUGGAAUUCAUGGGAGUCAAGAAAGGAAACUUCGGCCAACGAGAGCCUUGUACGCAGAACCAGAGCAACGAAUCAUCUAAAAAAGGUGUGGCAAAGCAGAGAAUCGGUACUAAAAGGCACCGUGUGUGUUUGGAGGUACCGGAUGAUGUUUUACCAAAGAGCGAUGCAACUCACGACGACUCCGAGUACGGGAAGAAGGGACGCCUCUCUCCACGGACUGAGCCGAGCCGGAACGGUACCGACUGCAUCAGCGAGUCGCGUGUGAAACUUCCUCCAGGCACUAGGACGUGGCUGAAGCUCGGAGAUCCUUACGAAAGCGCGACCUGUGUUAAGUCUGAGGCCGAGGUUAGAACGGCUUGUCCUCAGGGCCCUAAGAAAAGUCACCUGUCUAUCGCCACUGUCCCCAUGGCUUCUCACUGCCUCUCUGCCCUUCCCUGGACCUCCAGCAAGCCCGGGGUGGCCAGCCUGCUCUUCCACCGGACCCUGAGCUCUUCUGAUGCCCUGCAGGUCCACACUUACGCCGCUAAAGCUACGCUCUGUAAACCUCAACCUCCCAGGGUCCAGGACUUUAAGUCUGAGUCUGACUCAGAAGCCUCACCUGAGUCAGAAGCCUCACCUGAGCUGAAGCACAGCGCAGACACUCCAGAGCACAGCGCAGACACACACGAGCCGUUUUGUUCGCUGCAAGAGGAAACGGAAGAUGAGAAGGAGAACGAGAACUUGAUGAGGAAGCUGCAACCCCUCAGCAACCUGCCUCAGUUCCACCCGCUGCUCAGAGAGAGCUUCAGCGACGAAGAGCUGCAGGACCAGGUGGACAUAGAUGUGGACUCUCAGGAAUCGGACCCCUGGGCCCAACUACUCGUGCCCCUCUUGCAGAAACGGGUUCUGCGCAGCUUUAAAUUAGAGCGGGAGUUUAACCGGCGUCUGGGUCUCCUGCCUCCCUACUGCGCAGUGUGCAGCCUCUUCCACACGUACCAACAGAGCGAGCUGAGAACUCUGAUUCAGGGAACCUCCGUCUCCAGCGGAGAGGUGAAGCUCAGGACGAAGCCUCUCAUCCCAGAGAUGUGCUUCACGGCCAGUUCAGACGGACAGCUGUCCACGCCGAACCUGGACGAGGACGGAACCAGUCCUCUAGUCAGCUGCUCGGUGUGCUGUGUGCGCGUACAUGCCAGUUGCUAUGGAGUUCCUCGAGACGGCGCUCUGGACGGAUGGAGAUGCUCACGCUGCGAGGAGAACGCUUUUACUCAGGACUGUUGUUUGUGCUCUUUAAGAGGAGGAGCUCUGCAGAGAGCCAACAACGACAAGUGGGUUCAUGUAUAUUGUGCAGUAGCAGUUUUAGAAGCCAGAUUUGUGAACAUCGCAGAGCGCAGACCAGUUGACCUCAGCGGUAUUCCACUACAGAGAUUUAAACUGAAGUGUCAGUACUGUCGAAAGCGGAUGAAGAGGGUGGCCGGUUGCUGUGUUCAGUGUUCUCAUGGCCGCUGCUCGUCCUCCUUUCACCCCACGUGCGCUCAGGCGGCCGGCGUUCACAUGCACCCCGACGACUGGCCCUUUGUGGUCUUCUACACCUGCUGGAGACACAAAGGUGGCAUGAACAUCGAGCGUAACAAGGCGUCUCUGCGGGAGCUGAUGAAGGGACAGAAAGUCCUCUGCAAGCACAAAAACGGCCGUUACUACCAGUGUGAGGUGAAGGAGCUCACCAAAGCCACGUUCUACGAGGUCGUCUUCGAUGAUGGCUCGUUCAGCGACAAUCUUUUCCCAGAGGACAUAGUGAACAGAGACUGCGUGCGACUCGGGCCUCCAGCAGAGGGCGACGCGGUGCAGGUGCGCUGGACGGAUGGCUUGAUCUACGGUGCCAAGUUCGUAGCAGCGCAUAUCAUCCCCAUGUAUCAGUUGGAGUUUGAGGACGAGUCUCAGCUGACAGUGAAGCGGGAGGAAGUGUACUGUAUGGACGAGGAGCUUCCCAAACGUGUAAAGGCACGACUGUCCGUGGCGUCGGACAUGCGCUUUAAAGGAGUCUUUGUGGAGAAGGAAGUCAAACAGGACUCGAAAAGACAGCGCUUCAUCAACUCGCGCUAUAGAGAAGACUACAUCGAGCCGACCGUCUACAGAGCCAUCAUGGAGUGACGUUACGCCUUUCGCCCAAGACGCUUCAGACUCGGGGACACAAUCAGACCCUAGAGGUGUUUUAAACACAGCCGUUUUGUUCUGGUGACGUGGAAGAGCGUUUGUGCGGAUUGAUUUUUUUUUGUUGUUGUUUAUUGUUUUGUUUUUUGUUUUUUUUUACACCCCGCAUCUCUGUCCGAACUGCUUAGUCGUCUCUUUCCGCCAUUUUUCCACUGACACAGUGCUGCUGCAGUUCAGUCCUGUGUAUGAGCUCUUCACCAAUCGCCUUCUACUUAUGCCUUCAUUUUUGUGACGUUUCAGCUUCGUUUUCCUAAUUAUAUGCAAAUUAGA